AUGCCGGCGUCAGCUUCAUCUGCCCUUGUCAAUGUCGCAGAGGACGCAGAGCUUCGUCUGGUGCGUCUCCUUGCUGACUCUGCCCCCUCAACACGAGCUGGGUUCGUUCAAGAUUGCGAAGCUUGCAUUCUUCAUGGGGAUGCUGCACAACUAAUGCGGACAAUCUUGGAAGAGAAAGGGGCAAUUUCAGCAUUAGUUUCGCUGGAAGAGGAAGCUGUCUCUGCAGUAUCCUUGUUAGCUGCUCUUUUGGACAGAGUUAAGGAUGUCAACAGUUCAAAACUAGUAGACGAUUUGGCUGAUUCUGUUAUCCGAGCGACGAGCACUGAUGAGACUUCGAAGGCCAUUUCUUUGCUAGCCACUUUGUACAACAUGAGAUCCGAACCUUUGGAAAAAGUUGGACUACUCGUUAAAAUGAUCACUCUUGCAACUGCUCGUCAACCAGCCCUUUUGGAGUCGAGUAGCUCAUUCCUUGGUCGAUGGAUGGAAGCUUCAAAACUUUCAUCGAUGCUAGACGAGUGGCAAGUCCAACCUGUAAACAGACGAGCGCUUUAUCGCGCAGUGGCAAACGGAACGACUUCGGCACUUUCUGAGCAGAGAUUUACUCUUCUCACUGUCGAAACUUACAUCAAAACGGAUGUCGAUACCGAAGCCCUGGAAACUGCGAAGAAAGCAGCAAUUGGAGCUAUUCGAGAUCCGGUUUCUCUCUUCGCUGAGCAGCGAAAAAUCCUAUCCCUUCCCGCAAUCCAAGCAUUGAAGGAAAAAUUUACGCCACUUCUUGAUCUCUUGAAGGUUUUCCAAGAAGGUAAAUUGGAGGAUUAUCAAUCAUUCGUUAAAACGAAUGGGGGCGAAUCUGUUCUAGCACAGUGGAAAUUAUCACCGACAGAAUGCACACGACACAUGCGUAUUUUGAGCUUGUGCAGUCUUGCUGCGGAGCAUGAGGAGAUCCCAUACAAAGUAGUCGCAAAAACAUUGCAAACAGAAUCAAGUGACGUGGAGAAAUGGGUCAUUGCUGCUGUUUCUUCGGGGCUCCUGUCAGCAAAAAUGGAUCAAUUACAAGAGCAAGUUAUUGUCGAGCGCUGUGUUGUUAGAAAGUUUGAAAUCGAACAGUGGAAAGGAUUACAAUCGAGACUGCACCUUUGGAAAAAUAAUGUUGGGGGCAUUCUUGAAGCCUACAAGCAAAGCCAACAACAAAAGCAAUAA